ACCACUAGCCAGCAGCCUCAAUUCAUUACCCAGCCCCAGCAGAGCCUCAGUCUCUCUGUACACAUCAAGAAGAACACACACAGCAAGGGAUCGAGCUAAAGCUAAGAAGGUAGCUCGAAGCUGGUCGUAAUUAGGUGAUGGAGAAGAGCAGAUCGGUGCCGCGGGAGCACUCGGCGCCGACGGCGGCGUACUACGGCAGCGGCGGCGGGUACGACUACGAGGACGUCGCCGGGGGAGCGCCGGCAGCUGCCAAGUCCUACAGCUUCAACGGGCCGAGCGCCGGCGACGACCCGGAGGCGAAGCGGCGGCGGCGCGUUGCGUCGUACAACGUGUUCGCGUCGCAGGCCAGGCUCAAGUCCUCCGUCCGCGGCAGCUUCAAGUGGCUCAAGUCCAAGCUCUCCGACGUCCGCUACGGUGGCCUCUGAACUCUAAACCCCCUUUCUCAAGUUUCAACAAUCUCGACUGAACCUCUACUACAUAUACAUGAGAUCUCAUCUCUUUCUCUCUACAAAUAUGUAUGCAUAUGCAUGAAGAAGUGUAUGUGUGUGUACUACUACUGUCUACUGCUACUCCUAUACGUGCAUAUGCAUGGCCAAGUUGCUCCGUAUUUAUGCAUGUAUGUAUGAACUAGUGCUAUAUAUGUGUGUGUGAUCUUGAGUAGUUUUGCUGCAUGGUUAACGGUUUAGAUCCAUAUCGGUUCCAUGUUUUUGUUUUUUUCUUGUUUGUGUGCAAAUUAAGAACGGUUGAUCUGAAAGAAAAGAAGGUGUGGUUGCUGUUCCCAAAGGAAAGAACAGUGCUUGUCUUACUGUAUCUAUCAUCCUGCUUAAUGAAAUUGCAGAUUAAGUUUGUAUCAAGC